CCAGUUGGGUCAGGAACACCUUGGGGUCCACCCUGUUUGUCCUGAGCACUGGGGAGAUUGAGAAAGAUACCAGAGGCAUUUGGGUCUCCUCUGUUGGUUUCCCAGACCCUGGUCUGGGAUAGCCAUAUGGCUAGAGGGUCAGGAUGUAAUUCUUUCCUAGAUGCUAAAGUUUCCCUAAUACUUCCUUAGUCUCUCUUUUGGAGUGACAAAGGAAGGUUAGAAGCCCAUAUGAUAGAUGUAUGACACUAAGGAUGAAUAGAUUGGAGUUCUGAAAUGAAUAUCAUCAUUGAAUCACAUUGUAUGUCCUGAUAAAAUGACAUCAUGUAUGUCCUGAUAGGAUGUGUUUGUUAUAUCCUGACUCUAUUAAUAUUCUUCAAGAAGUUCAGGUCAUUAAGUGGAGAGUAUACUCCUGGAGUCAGAAUGUCUCUUCUGAGUUCAGAUCUGGCCUCGGACAUAUUGACAAGCUGCUGUGUGACUCUAGGCUGCUGACAACGUGCCGCAGACCUCUGCCUGCGAGUGAGUCUUUCCUCCGAAGCCAUCGCCAGUGUGUGGAGCCUGCCCCACACCCGCCACCUGCCAAAACCACGGCCUUUACCUGUGUCUUUCGGUGUUUCCCCUGCGACCCGUCCUGUGGGAGCACCUCCUGGGCCACUCCUGAGUUUGCACAGCAUUCAGCGGCGGCUCCAAUGGUGAAGAUGACGAGGUCCAAGACUUUUCAGGCAUACUUGCCUUCUUGCCACCGGACCUACAGCUGUAUCCAUUGCAGGGCUCACCUGGCCAACCAUGAUGAACUCAUUUCCAAGUCGUUCCAAGGAAGUCAAGGACGAGCUUACCUCUUUAAUUCAGUAGUUAAUGUGGGCUGUGGACCUGCGGAAGAGCGAGUGUUGCUAACGGGGCUCCACGCAGUUGCAGACAUCUACUGUGAAAACUGCAAAACCACUCUGGGCUGGAAAUAUGAACAUGCCUUUGAGAGCAGCCAGAAGUAUAAAGAAGGCAAAUACAUCAUUGAACUGGCACACAUGAUCAAGGACAAUGGCUGGGAUUGAAUGGAGGGAGUCCCCCCUACCCAGUGUCUGAAUGAAUGCCAUCCAACUGAACAUUGUAUCCGAGAGGGGAGAGAGUGACUGAACGAACGCUUGGUUCCAUCCCUUUAGAGGCUUUGGCAUCAGGAGCAUCCUCCCACCCUAUCUCCAUCUUUAUUGGUGACUGGCCUCCUAAAUUGCUGUCUCUCUGUUUCUUUGCUUUGUAUGUAUUUGUGAGAUGACCCUGGCUUCUCUCUCUGUUCUAGUGUUGGCUAAAAGCAACGGAUGCACCGAGAGCUUGGCAGCAUUCUACUUUAAGGAGAGUCCCAGGGACCCCCUGCCCCUUCCCCCCAGGGCGGGCGGCCUUAGCCGUCUUGUGUCAGGAUAGCGAUGGCGUGGGGGUGUGAGGAGGGAAGGGGCCCUGAGUGUCCUGGGGCAGGGGUGGGCAUGGGAGGGUGGAGGUAGGAACUGCUGCUCCUUAAAAACCCUGGGAACCUAGGAACCUUGAAACUAUCAACUUGUCCAAAAGGACAAAAAGAAGAUUUAAAAAAAAUACCUCAUGACUGAAUUCUCUUUGAAGCUUCUGUUCCUGACGCCCAACAAUGUGCCAGGUCAGCAUGAGAGGAGGCUCUGACUCCUGUGGCUCAUGCAGUUGUGGGGCAGGAGUCGGAUUGCCGUGGGCUGGUUUGGGGGCACCCGUAUUAGCUGACGGUUGAGUCAGCAACUGGUGAGCUUGUGGUAGGGUCUCAGUGGUUUGUUCCCUCACCGUGUCUGCCUGUGCCCACCCGACUCCGAGCUCUCCCUUCUGCUCCCCCAUCGUGGCAAGGAGGGAUCUGCCCUUCACCAAGUAUUGACGAUCCCGGGCUCCCUGGCAAGUAGAGGCCAGUGGCCUUUGACCUGUGACCCAUGAAGUCCUGUAAUUAAAGGGACGGCAAGUUGACCGCUCCGAUAUCAGGCAAGGAAACCAUAGGAAAGCCAGCACAGUUAAAAUGACUCCAACUGCCUGACCCAUAACUCUUGACUAAGCACAAUGGGUGGGGGUGGGGAAGGAGAGAUUUGGAGGGAUGGGGAGGAGAGGAAAACAUCUCUUGGUAUCAGACCUCCUCCCCACUUCCCCAGUGAGGGGUGGGUGGGGAAUCCCAGGAGCACGGAUGAUUCACAUGCAGAGUUUGAUUGGUUUUGAUUCCAGGCCUGUCUUUUAAGCUAUGGAAACUAAAAGCUUUGGAGAUUAUGGUUAAUGUGUUCUGCAGGCAGAUAUUUCGAGCCCCAGUGUUAUUUCCCUGAAUUCAAAUGGGAAGUAGGAUAGUAAUUAACCAAAGUGGCCCGGCAGUGGGGAACUGAUUAAAUUUGAUGCCAGACUAAGAGUAACAAAUUCUAAUCUUACCUUUUCUUUUUUUGGAGGCUAGGAAUGAAGAGGGGACAUAACUCAUGCUAUUAGGGGGAGUCGAGUGGGGAAACCCAAGCCAGGAAGGCUUAGGAGUAAAAAGCUUUGACUUGCAUUUAAUCAUCCACACUGUGAUGUCUGUUCUACAGCAAUCCAGCUAGUACCUGGUGAAUGAUGUGAGGCCCACUCAGACGGAGUUCAUUUCAUUUCUCAGGCUUAAAAUACUCUAUUUUUUCUGAUGAUCUUGUGUAUCAUUCUCAGCAUCUCAUUUUCCAAGGAGACUGAAUCUGAAAAAUUCAAGUCUCAGUUGUCACAAGUGGUUAAUUCAGGAGCAUAGGGGAACCUGUGCAGUGGAGUGGGCUUUGAAGGCUGCAGAACCAGGGAGCCUCCUGGGAUAGAGUCUGUGAUGGAAAGAGGUGAUUAUAGGAGGGCUAUGAAAAGGUGAAUCUCUGGGUCGCUGUCCUGUAGCAAGAUAAACUCUUGAGUCCUGGUGGUUCUGGCUCAAGGCUGACCUUGGCCUGGAAGUUCCCUCAAACUGGACUUUUCUUGCUUUUGACUGGCUGGUACAAGAUAAAAGAGGACUUCUUCCUUUAAAAAUUUCGUUUUUGGUUCUCUUUUUAAAAAUCAACACUUUAUAAUUAGAAUUAUCCCCCCUUAAAAAAAAAAAAAGCAAAUCAAAAACCCAAACAAUUCCAAAACCAUUAGACCAGUCUGAAAGCGUAAGAAGGGAAACUGAGGUACAGUUAGAUUACUUUGUUGCAAUCUGCUAAAGGAAUUUUCUUUCUGCUUCCUCUAAUCCCUUAGAUUGCAUCAGAAAAUAGCUUCAGUUUUCACAUUCCCCGGCUAGCUUCCCAGUCCUGAAAUAGCUGGAUUCCCAUUCCCUCCCUACUGAAAUACGGGCCCUGGGCCCUUUCCUUUAGAGAUUUAGCCUUCUCUUUUUUAGAACUACAAAUGAAAUGGAAAUUUGGCAAAUGUUUAAGCAAACCUGGACAAUGAAAGAUAGUGAGAUUGCAGAGACCAAACCUUGGCCCUACCCCCACUUUCUGCCCUGGGAAAGUUUCCAUUGUUCUCUCUGGGACUCCUUCUGGUGCUGUGAGGAACCCUUCUGCAGCACCCCAAAAGCCAAAAGCAUGGCACCUCCUAUCCGAAGAGAAGGCUCAACAGCAGAACGACCCCUUCAUUAGGUUUCCCGUACGUGUUGACUAAACCAUAAGUGCUUCUUACAAUGUUAGCUCCAUCCAUGACCUGUUUCAUGUCUAGCAGUAUUGGAGACCACAAAUGGAGCUCAAACCUUGUCAAACUUGUGGACUCAAUUAGUUCUUAUAUUUGAUUUUUUUUCUUAAAAUUAACUACUCAGAGCAUAACCAAAGACCUCACUCCUAGGCCACUGGUAGGUUCAGCCAACUGGGAGCUGGUGGGCAAAGCUGGGAGAGUGGGAAGAGAGGAAGGAAGAGAAGGGGGAGAGGGGAGGAGGAGGAGGAGGAGUUCUUUACCUCAGCCAGCAGCUGCCUUCCUUUGCAGUGGAAAAACCGUUAGCAGAAUCUCCAGUUUCAGCUCACUCGGCUCCACCUUUGGAUUGGGCCGAGACCCUGAGUGCUGGGGCUUGGGGUCUCCAUGGCCCGGCCCCGGCACCAGCCUGGAAGCUGGAUGUCAUUGACUCGAGUUGGUUGGAGCAAAGCAGCUCCAACCCAGCUUGAUGAACACAGGUGUCCAUCUGGGUACUACAUCCAUAGUGGCUAAUGUGAGUGCCACUUAGACAUGGCAAGGUCAGUCAGUGCUGGUAGGGUUAGUGUGCACAAAGGAAAUAUUCCCCCUUUCAACAAAUUUUCAAAGGGUAAUAUAUACAGAAGAAAAAAAAAAACCUUGUGAAAUAUACUUUUGUAAAUAAUAUUUAAUUUUUUUAAAUAAUAUAUUUGGUGCUGUUUUCUCAGAGCUCCUGAGAGCACUUUUUAUUUUUAUUUUAACAUUUUACUGUUUCCUCUGCAUUUUUUUGAAGUAUGUUUUAAGGGAAACAUGCAUACUUUUUUUUUUUUCCCAAAAGUCUGUCAUUUAGUCUGGGGGAGGCAAGAAAGCUUUGCUUUUACCUUUUCCUGGUAGAAGUGACAUGUAGCGAAUCAUUAGGUUGAAUUGAAAUGUUUUUCUUGCACCAGUAUUGGCUAGGGAAAAAAACAAAAAACAUUGAGGUGAAGUGCUGUUAGUUGUGGCUUCAAAGGCCUUCAGGUCUGUUGUUUUUAAUGUGCAUUUUUUAAAAGUAUUUUCCAAUGGCUCCUGCUUUUCUUUUUACUGGGAAUAUUAUGUAAAAGUUUACACAACUCCUGUAGCAAGGCUUUUCUUUUCUCCCUCUCCCUCACUUUGUGUUUUUGUUUUUUUUUUAUUUUGUUUGCACUCUGUCUCUAAGUGGACCAACAGUACAAGCCAUAGAGAAUGCAUCUUAACCACGCCAUGUACAGGCAGGGCUGCAAGCAGUGCUGGGUCUCUGGUAUACCCUCCCCUUCUCUUCUGUGGCGCAACUUGGAUGAGCUACAAAUGAAAUCUAUUGUCCUUGUGGAGAUCCAAGAGUCAGACCUCUUGUAUGUUUUCUAUUUGCUAAUGUGAGUGUAUUAAUUGCAUAUUCUGCGGCUCCCAAAGUGUUUAACAAGAAGCCUCACCAUAAACAGGAACUAGUAUUGGUCCAACAGACAUGAAAUGUAGACAUGCCUGUAGGCAAACAAAUUUGUGAGGUCAGAAUCCCUCAGGGUCAGGAAGAGGCCUGGGAAAUGAAAUCCUGGAAAACAAUCAACUUAUAUGUUUUUUAAGUCAGUCCAAAAAUGAAAAACCACUAUGGGGCGGGGGGUUGGGGAGGGGAGAAGAGACACUUAAUUUUCAAAUUAAAAUGUAUACAUUAAUUGGUGGCAAGAUAAAGAUAAAAAGAAUAAGAUAUAAGCUAUUCCCAAUAUUAACAGAUUCUUACUGCCCCUUACGUUUUUGUAUAAAAUUUUGUUAAAGUGGGAGCAAAUUCCCUUUUUUCCCUGUUUUGCGGAGACUAUCUUUUCAAUACCGGUCUGUUUAUUGAUGCUUGUGUUUACAAACUGUAUUUGUUGGGAUUUUGGGGGUGGUUUUUUGGGGCAUAUUUUUUCAGGUCACUUUGCUUCAACAACAAAGGCAAUUGUUUUUCAAUAAUUUGUCUUCACCUUUUUUUCCUGUAUUUGUACAUAGUGAUUCAGUAUUAGAAAAAAGUGCGUUGUUUUCUCUCAUUUCCAAUAUGUGUUGGUGCUCAUUUGAGAAAAUAAAGUUUUCAAAUAUUCUGA